AUGAUGUUAAUUAAUUCAGGCUUAUUUUUCACUCCAAGUGAUUGUAUCAUACACAAAGAUUUAAAUUCAUCUCAACUAACUGUGAAAUAUUACCCAUCCAAAUUAAAUAAUACAGAGAAUCCUAAGGAUCUUACGAAAGAUACGUGUCGAACAGUUAGAUUCAGUGUUUGCAAUAUUAGCCAGGCUCAAGUUAUCAACUACGAAUGGUUCACUUGUAUCAUCAAAAUCACUGCUCCUUGUCAGCAUAUUCCUUCAAAUAACAAAAUACUGAGACAGUUAGAUGAACUAUGCAGCAACAGAACAUUCUACCAAAUGAUGUAUCAAUUAAAUGAUACUGCAGUAGAACAACUUAAACUGUUGUGCAUUGGAAAACUGAUGCCACCAGAUGAUAAAACGUCUCAAAACUCUUCCAUUUGUGAUGUUAUUCUAAUGGUGCCUAUAUUCUCUAGGGAUUUGUCUGAUCUCAUUUCAGAUUAUCUAAAUGAGACUUUGAAUACAGUGAUCAAGCAAAAGUGCUCAAAUACUUCAGAUGCCUUUUACUAUCGCCAUCAUUAUAAUCAGUCAUAUUGGCGACAACAGAAAUGUCGACUGUCUAAUAAACUACAAUGUAAAAAUAAUGAAAGUGCUCUGUGUUUUUCUUGUUCUCAUUUGUCAUACAAUUGUGAUAAAUUAAAUUUAUCAUCUGUCAGACAAAGAAUGAAUUCUACAAUAACAUUAGGUGUAAAUAAAAAGGAAUAUUCCCAUCACUUACCUGAUUUUGGAAAUGCUAUUCAGCCUCUCACUUAUGUUACAUCAUCUAUACAGAAGAGAGAAAACAGCAUACUCAACCAGGAAUUGUUAUUGAAUGCAACAGACCAGAUUUAUCUGUGCUCCUUAGUAACUGACCUAUUCAGAGAAUAUGAGCAUAAAAAUGGCUCCUCAAGCACUGAUAAAGAAGUAUCCAGUGUGCAGCCAGUUCAAGAAGAAUUGAAUGCACCUAGAAUUGAACCACUUAACCGUGUUAGACAUAAAAGAAAUUCUGAAAUGCAGACAACAGGUUUAUACUCACCUAUGAGUUCACAGCUUCUACCUCCAAGAAACUUACAAAUAGUACCUCUCAACUUUGGCUCUUUAAACAUAUCAUGGAUGCCAGCUAGAAGAAAUGAACGCUUUAUAACGCAUUAUGAGUAA